GAGGCGGGAACGGGGGGGAGGCGGCGCCGGUUCCGGCUGCUGGUGCUCGGUGUGUGUGUGUGCGCGCGCGCUGCUGUGGCUGCUCGCCGGCCACACCGCUGCUGUUGCUGCCGCUGCCGCCGCCACCCGCCGGAGCCGCGCCAUGCACAGCUCGCCCUGCUCGGAGAUGGGGGAUGCGUCCACGGUUGACAUUGUGGACAUCUAUGAGUCUAUCCGUGAAAGGCAGCGUCAUGACAGCGAAAGGUCUACCUGCAGCACCUUGGAGCAGAACGACAUUGAAGCUGUUGAAGCGCUUGUUUGUAUGAGCUCCUGGGGUCAAAGAUCGCAGAAAGGUGACAUAUUAAAGAUAAGGCCACUUACACCCUUCUCGGAUUCUGGUGAUUUCACAAUGCACGCUGAGGCUACAUCUGAAUUACCAAAGGACUAUUUAUCUACGCUGUGCAUGACCCCUCCGCACAGCCCCGACUUUGUUGAGAUAUCAGCUGCUAUGCUUCUCUCCUCACAAGUCACUUACUCCAAACCAAGGACUGUCAUGGCAAAUACAGCUGCCUGCUCAGUCACGUCAGCGACUGGUGCCUCCCCCAUAACCAAGCCAUCUGUUAUCAACAUGGAGCGACAGUGCAGUCAGAAGCCGGAGAUAUCUGAAUCCUUUGCCCCUCAGCCUUGCAGGGCCAUGGCAACAAGUGUGAUACGUCACACAGGUGAUAGUUCUGCUUACCAUCACAUUCCUGCUGUGCAAGAGAAAACAAAGGUAACUUCAGGCUGCAGCAGUUCCAGAGACUGGUGUGGGGCAGAUGACCGAAGACAUUCCAGGCUGCCACAGGACACGUGUGCCACGCAUGAUUUAAUUAACAAAACCUCUCCAGUACAUCAGCCUUAUGCACAUGACUCCAGUGAUAUUGUGACCAAUAAAGGACAACUACCAGUCCGGCCUGUUUCGCCACAGACCCACUUACCAAAGAAUUGUGAGAAUGACUUGCAAAAAAGAGCUACCCCAGUGACACCUGUCCCCGUUUCAAGCCCCCAGGUUCUCUGUCAAAUGAUCCCUUUAAAUGGACAAAGCAGUAUGAUCAAUGCCUAUGUCAAGCCUUCAACUCCAACAGUCUCAACUCCCAUGAAACCUAUUUUACCGCAGACAGCCCCGCUCUCUCAGCCUGUACUCAUGGGACCUUCUGUGCCUCAGGGGACCGUCAUGCUGGUUCUUCCACAGACUGCUGUCACACAGACACCACAGUGCCCGCAAACAGUAAUGACUGUUGGGAACACCAAGUUACUGCCCCUUGCUCCUGCUCCUGUGUUCAUAGCUUCUGGUCAAAGCUGUGCCCCCCAGAUGGACUUUUCUAGACGGAGGAAUUAUGUUUGCAACUUCCCUGGGUGCAAGAAAACCUAUUUCAAAAGCUCCCACCUCAAAGCCCACCUUCGUACCCACACUGGAGAAAAGCCUUUCAGCUGCAACUGGGAAGGCUGUGACAAGAAGUUUGCCCGCUCAGAUGAACUGUCACGCCACCGUAGAACUCACACGGGAGAGAAGAAGUUUGCUUGUCCUGUGUGUGAGCGUCGCUUCAUGCGCAGUGAUCACUUGACAAAGCACACCCGCCGCCAUAUGACCACAAAGAAGAUCCCCAGCUGGCAGACAGAGGUUGGCAAACUCAACAGAAUUGCCACAGCAGAGAAACCGAAAAGCAGCAGUGCUCUGAGCAUGCUCAUCCCCAUGCCGUCGUCCGUCUGUCAGGGCUAGUGAGAGGAUGCUCCUUCUCUACAAGCUUUCUGAAAAUCAGGAAGAGCUCUGAUGGCUACAACAGAACUGACAAUGGCUUUUUUCCCCUCCCGUGUUUGUGCAUACUUUAGUUUCCCUUGAGUGCUCUAUUAAUAAUGCUAUGUGAGACACCUAUCAUAUCUUUCCUUGUCCCUUCCCUAUUUGUUUUUUUUCAAUACUUGGGCAAAUGCAAUCACCAGCACUUCAGGAAACCAGAACUCUUUGGAAGUUAUUUUGGCAAUAGGUUAAAAAAGUCACUUGUAAUGUUUGCUGUUGAUAUUUUGAUGGACAGUAAAACAGGGUGAUUUUUAAUUUUUAUACUAGUAUUUUCUAUACCAAAUAUAUUUUGUAUUUAUUCAUUUUGGUCUUGAUGUGCAGGCAAAUUACUUGACCUGCAUUAGUAGGGGUGUGCAGGAUGAGACCCAGAGUUCUGGAAACUCCUUUUCAGUAAACCUAAAGAAUUGCAUUCAGAGCAUUUUGUAAACACAUAUUUGAUAACUCUUAGUGGUUGGGAUUUUCACACUUGCAGAUCCUGAUCCUGCAAUGGGCUGGUGCUGUUACACCCUCCUUACGCAGGUAACCUUGGAGGUUUGAGAUCUAAGUGUGUCGUCAUUUUUAAAACAAACCAAACCAGAAUGACUUUCGUUCAGAAAAGAAGUGUUGAAAUCCUCGACAUUUUGUAAAUUCAUACCCUUUGCAAGUAGAAGCCCUUGUGACUUUUGGUAGAAGUUUGAUGUACUGGGCAUUCCUGAGUCCACACUCCACUGGAGCGAAGUUUGGAGGAGCCAGGCUUCUCUGAUGGAGGUAGAAGCACAAACACUGUUUAGAAGCUUUGACACUAAAAAUUAUGCUAUACUUUUCAGUCCUACUAAACCAGCAUAUCAAAAUCUACAGAAAAAUGCAAAAAUGGCAACCCGUGAAUAAUUAGCUGGGUCUCUGUAAUUUUUUUUUUUUGAGUACAGGAUAAAUAGAAAAUUAAGGUUGUUUUUUUUUAUGUAUCGUGGAUGCUUGUGCACCUUAUAGGAAAUUGUUCAAGGCUUUCAUUUACCUGUAUCAAAGCACCAGAGGAAGUACUAAUUGUGUUUUGACUUAAGAAAUAGCCACCGUGUCAACUUGAUGAUGCUCUUCGUGUGGCCUUAUACUUCUCCACAGUACUUUGUAUAAAAUCACCCUUUUCUAUUAAAUGAGGUAUUCUCCCAGUUGAAUGGAUUUUCUUUUACACAAAGUGUAAAUACGGCUAAGAAGUGGAAUCGCUGGCUGCAGGAGCUCUGUGUUGCACUGGCGUGGUGUGAGUAAUAAAAUGCCGCUAGCACAAUGGGACUGCUGGGUUUCCGCGGUGCGGAAGGAUGUGUGUACGUAUUGUAGCGGAGCUGACAGCGGAGCUGUUGUGCUGUCAGGCACCAGGUGGUGUUUUGCUGGGAGAUGGCUCACCUGCUGAACGGAAUAUUUCUGUGGCGUUUAUUCCUGCUGGACUCUUCAGCCACUCCUGCGCUGAAGCUUAGUUGAGCACUGAGGAGGACUUUUUUCCUGGAUGUGUAAAAUGUGGAUAACUAGGAAUGCGCUCUCUUGCACUGCUUCGUUGUUCUAAAACCCUGGUCUCGCUUCUCUGUGUGGGCAAAACGCGGUUCUCGUCGAUGUAAGUGCACACUUGCUGAUCUCGGCUAGAACUCCCCUGAAAUCAGCGGAGACCCAUUUCAGUUGAAAGCGGAGUAUGUCAUUACUUUUACACUUAAGGCUAUAGUUAUAAUUAAUGAUAGUAAGUUUUCAUACUGUACUAAAUUGGAAUAUUGUGCUCGGUGUACUGAAGUUUUUGUGCCUGACCUUUGAAGUGUCUGCACCCUGUUGGCUCUGGUCACCACAGCUGCUGGUCUCUGUUGAUACCCAGUUUCCCAAAUUUGUGUGCUGAAGAAAGACAUUGCUGCUCCUCUUUUUUUUUUUUUUGUUUGGUGGUUUUUUUUGGUUUUGUUUUGUUAAAAUCCCUUUAGAAGUCCCUUAGAACAAGAAGUUUGACUUUUGGAUGCCAUUUUAGCAUGCUUUUAACCGGGGAAAGAAUGUCCUGUCUCAGUCUAGUAGCCAAUUCAGUACUAUUUUUUUUUUUUUUACAGACCAACCAUUUAUGGUGUUCACCUGAGCAAAACAGUUUGGAGACUCGUGUCAUGAUUUAGUAAAUUGUCAUGUUAGUUUGUUGCAUCGUAGCGGGGGAAAGACUGGAGAAUAUGGAAUUUCAAAAAGUGUGUGUCAUGACACGGAAAAGCGAUGGCUCCCUCUUUGUUAGUUUUACUUGGCCUGGGAUUCCUCGCAGCUGGCUCCCACCAGGUGCGCGCUGCCUCUUGCCGCCUGUGCCCAGGAUGUGUGGCUCUUUCUGCCGUGGAUGUGCACGAAUAGCCGAGCCGUGGCGUGGCUGUGUCUGCUCUCUUUGCUCUUUCUGUUCCUUCCUGCUGUGUAGGGGUUAUUUACGGACUAAGCAUGACUGAGGUAACUGCUCUCUUUGCACUUUACUGCCUGAACUAUAUUGUUCAGUCUUUUUAUUUUGAACCUAUAUUUUAAAGAUAUGGAAUCACAUUUUUGUACCUGUUUUUAACUUUUAUUAAAUAAAAAGUAUGUAAUGUGACUGGUUUUAAAUCAUAAAAAAGUUGUGAAUUUUCAGGUUUCGUACAUGCCCUUUCUAGAACUAUGUAAAUCCAUCUGGAUUAAGUUAUAUAUCUUGGCCAGGGAAGACUUUGGGGCUCACUAGUUCGCUUACCUGUAAAGGCAGGACUUCUUGGGUCCUGUCGUAAAUUGGCCAGUGCUUGUCCAUGUGUAAUUUUACACACCCCUGCUCCUGUAUUUGGUGGAAGGUGUACACCACUGCCAGGGUUAGGGGUUUUUGCAUGCUGUCUGAAAACAAGAGUCUUGGGAUUUGUAACUCUGUUCUAGCGUGGCCUCCGGAAGCUGUCGACAAAAGGUGGAGG